CCCCUGUUGACCAUCAAGCCAACUCACUCCACCAAGAACAAACCAACAUCACAAACACACACACACACACUAUCAUCAUGAGCUGGUUUUCAGUCGAACCUCCACAAGCCCAGUCUCCAACUCAACCAGCUGUCCUCGUUCAUCCCACCUCAUCUCGAUACCAGCCUGGAAACUUACUCGGUGAACUCAAAGAUGAGGAUACCUCCUGGUUGGCUCAGUCGUCCGGGUUUGUCACUGAAACACAAACGUUUUAUAUCACCUUGCCCGGCAACAAGCUGGCAAUGUGUCAAGUGAUCCACUCAGCUAUCGGACUCUGGUACCCCCAAAUCCAAUUCACCUUCCGAUUCGUCGAUCAGGGUUCCGGGGCACAUCAUUGGAAGUCUACCAACGUCACCAACUUCAAGACCCCUCCCGCCUCCUCCGGAUCCUCGUCCGUUAAAUACGAUCGAAGGUCAUGCAAGGCCGACCAAUUUUCGAUCUUGUUGGAUCCAGCACAGCCCGAUCGAUAUACGAUCACCGGCAAACAUGACGACUCGAUCCACAUCCAAUUCAGCGUGACUCGGAUGGCAGAUGUACCGGGUUGGAAGCUCGGGCAAGACGCUCGAGGAGGGCUGACGUAUUUCGGCCGAUGGGCAUCGAAGGAGCCGAGCAAGAGCGGCCCGGAUUAUGGGGCGGGUUCGGACGGCUACCUGGUUCACCGGUUCUGGCCCCGUUGCAGCGUCUCGGGCCGCUUGUUGAUUGAUGGCAAGACGGUCGAGCUCGACGGCAGCCGGGCAAUCUUCGUCCAUGCCAUCCAGGGCAUGCGGCCUAACCUGAUUGCCUCGCGGUGGAACUUCUGCAACUUCCAGUCCGUCCGUCCGCUCGAGCCGCUCUCCGAGGGCGCCGAGGACACCGACCCGGGAGUCAGUCUGACCCUCAUGGAAUUCACCACCGUCCCCGGCUCUUACGGCCCCCCACAGACGAUCACCGUUGGCAGCAUCGUCGUUGGCGACAAGUUGGUUGGGAUCUGCUGUAGCCCCAACCCGAGUGAACUCGUGGACUCCAAAACGACUCACCAAGCCCCACUCCUCCACGAUGUCGACACGGGUUACCAGGUGCCCUCAUCGAUUAAAUUCGAGUGGAUGGCCCCCGUCCUCGCCAAUGCACUGGGCUCAUCGGCUCCGUCCACCGACUCUUCUCCCUUGUCUGCUACUGCCCACCUCGUCUUGGACCUCGAGGCUAAACGGAUCUCGGAGAAGGAGAGUUAUGUGACUAAAGGCUUGAUCGAGAAGGUCGACGUGAUGGCCCAAAUCCCGUAUCUUGUCAAGAAAGUUAUCUCAGCCGUUGCUGGUGCGAGACCAUACAUCUACACCUGGUUGAACCCCGUCGAGGCUCACAUCACUUUGCCUAACUCGGCUCUCCCAAACGGGUUCAAUGUCAAGACCGAAGCGGUCGAAGGAGAAGCUAGUAAAUUCACCAUUCAUGGUCACCUUUUCAAUGAAGCGACUUUUAUAUCCGAUUUGUGAUUGAUUGAUCGUCUUCUUGUUCUCUUUCUUAGCAAUCUUUCAUAUCUCUCUAUUCCCCUCUUCUAUGCAGAAACAAAAAAUGACUUGAGUUGUGUAAGUGUAUGUCUGUGUCAUGUGUGUGUGUGUGUGUUCACAGUGUACCUAACAAUAAAUAACUAUACAUAUGAACAGAACUAUACUUACAUACAUAAACAGUGCAACAUUACAAAAACACAAAUUGAUUGAAUGAUUGAAGCUUGUACUUUUUAUGUUGGUUAUGUGUAUGAGUGCAUCAACAGAUAGCUAUAAAUGACAAUAUGAUGAUGAUGAUGAAGCAGGCUUUACUUUCAGC